AGAAAAAGAAAUGACAACAAAGUAGUUGAAAGAAGAUGAGAUGAAAAGAAUAAUGAAUGAAAAAGUACAUGUGAAAGGGCUGGAAAAAAAAAAGAACAAAUAACAAAGAGAAAAAGGAAAAGAAAACAAAUGGAAAAGAAAUGGAGAAUUGAACAAAGUAAUUGGAAAAGUAAGAUGAGAUUAGAAAUGAAGUUCAAUAUGAAAUUGAGGGAAAGAAGCCAGCAAAAGGCUUAAUGGAGGUGGCUGGAGUUGGUGGAAGUAGUAUGUAAAAUGAUAUGCUUCAACCUUUAUUGCGACAAUGGAAGUUGGCCCUUUUGAAGAGCAGAGGCAAACCAGGAUAUGCAAUCUAAAUUGUAGACUGCGGAGCCUCGUCAUUGCUGGUGGUGGUGGUGGUUGGUGCUUCCAGAAUUUGUGGUCAUUUUGCAUGGUGAAGGGUGUUGAUUAUGCAUGCACACCAGAAGAAGUCCAGCAGCACUUUCAGUCCUGCGGUACAGUUAAUAGGGUUACUAUUCUGACAGACAAGUUUGGCCAGCCAAAAGGUUUUGCUUAUGUGGAAUUCCUUGAAGUAGAAGCUAUACAGGAGGCGUUGCUUCUGAAUGAAUCUGAGCUACAUGGACGGCAAUUAAAGGUUUUGCCCAAAAGGACCAAUGUUCCUGGAAUGAAGCAGUAUCGGCCUAGGCGAUUCAAUCCAUACAUGGGUUACCGGUUUAGGAGGCCAUAUGUACCUCCUUAUUUCUACUCCCCUUAUGGUUAUGGGAAGGCUCCUAGGUUCAGAAGGCCAAUGCGAUACAUGCCCUAUUACUAGAUGACUGAAGAUGGUGGAAACUUUCAGGUGCAUGGUCACAUGAUAUUAUAUUCCUGAUAUCUAUGAUUAAAACAGUUUGGUUUAUCUGCCUGAUGGUCUUUAGUUUAUAAUUAUCUGUUGAGAGGGUAAACAGAUGCUUUUAUUGGCACAAUAAUCAUGUUGCUCUGGUUCGUAAUUGUAUGUUAUAUGAAGAGGAAGUCUAUAUAUUCAUAGGUUCAGCCUGCUGGCAAGUUUCUCUUUGUAAAUGAGAUUGCUUGCGUUAGGCAAGGGAGGAUUUUAAAUGAAGAGAUUCAGAUUUUCCUAUUUCAGAUUUUA